UCGACUAGCCGGUAUGGUGUCUGUCGUUGUGGAUUACUAGUACUGAAUCAUUCGUAGACGUCAAUAAAGUUCAGAUAUUCUCUAUACCGGAGGCCAGUGGUGAAUUUGUCAAGUGGCAAACAGUCUCGAUAAUAUUGAAAGUAGAACUAGAUUUGUUGUAGUUUCGUAACCGGCGUAGCCUUCACAGCAAGUUCAAGUGUGUUCAGCUGUAUCUGCCAUUGCAAAGCAUGCAGCAGGAUAAGAUAUUUCCGUUAUCUUUGAAUCAUAUUCACAUGGAUUUUAUCGAUGCUAGUCCGACUGGUAAUGAAAAUGAAAGCGAAACUAGAAGAACAGAGCAGGCAUCCGCUGGAAAGCAGUUUUCAAAAUUGAUCACAGAACCUGGACCGAUCCCGAGGCGAAAAGGUUCAGUCUACCUCGACACGCCACUGAAUCCUGAUUCAAAAUACUACUCAAUGAAUGGAGCUAAUCGUGGGAGAGUGAUGAUUUACAACCAGGUUCUUUUUGACAACGAGGAUUACCCGGAGAGAGUCGGUUCAGAUAAAGAUGUCGAGCGGCUGUUUAACACGUUGCAGCGACUUGGAUUCCGGAAGAAUGAUAUACACAUUUAUGAAGAUCAAAGCUUCACGGAGAUUCAACGGGACGCCAUUUUAUUGGCGGCUGAUCAGGACUUAGAACAAGCAGACUGUUUGAUCGUGGUAAUUUUAACCCACGGCGAGGAUGGAGAUUUUGUGAUGGCUCGAGAUAACAAGUAUCACUUGUACGAGUUCAUAGAGAAUUUCACUCCAACUGCGCUCAAGUCAAUGGCAGGAAAACCAAAAUUAUUCAUAGUUCAGGCUUGCCGUGGUACAAAGCAUGACAGAGGAGUGCAAAUGCGAGUCAAAACGCUACAGGUCGAUAGUAGUGGAAAGGACAUGGUCGAUUCGCUCGCGAAAACGUUCACCUAUCCGGAGUUUGCUGAUUUACUUGUGGUGAUGAGCUCUCAUCAUGCCGAAUGUAACAACAGCCCAAUCAUAAGGUUCAUCCAUUAUUUAUUAUCCUGUUGUUUAGGGCACUACUCUUUCCGUAACGAGAACGGAAGCUGGCUUAUCCAGGAACUUUGCAACGUCCUCGAGACGUGCGAUUUGGAAACGACGUCCAUUUAUGAUAUUCUAACCGAGACGAACGAUGCGGUUUCGAAGCGGAUCUCUUCCACUGACGGAUAUGGGGAUAAGAAGAAACAGAUACCUAGUUUCUAUUCGACGCUUACUAAGCGAUUGUUUUUCAAAUCUGCUAAAUAAUUGGAUACUACCAACACCCGAACAGAAAAACACAACGGUAUUGCAAUAAUUUUCAUUGUUAAAUUAUAAUGAAAGGAUCUAUAAUAGAAUUGGAAGUACUGAAUUAUUUCCAAUG